CAGAGAGCUGCACACUAGCUGGAACAAUUUGCAGAGUCUAUCGGAUAAUGGCUAGUGCAUCUGAUCAAAUGGACUUUUUAUUGCUUUUCCUUCCAUAAUUCCUUUCUUUCUAGUUUUGCUAAAAGUUGUACUUUGUUUCCUCAAGGACCGACCUCAGAGUACAAUCAAAUUAAAAAGGAACAAUCGAAGGUCAUGUCUACCAACGUCACCCUUGGACAAUGAAACAUUAGAAAAAGACAUUAAUCAUGCCUGCUGGAUGUCAUCUUGCGACAAGAAGGACUUAUCUCAUCAAAAUAAAGUCCAGAGCAGAGAGACGUGUAAAGCUCCCUGUCAGAGCGGCAUGUUGACAAGAGAUGACAGAGUGAAGGAGCUGAACUCUCAAAGGACACAGACACAUCUACCAGCUCAGGGCGGUGAAACUGCAGCUGACACAGCAGAAUCAAUGCACACAACAAGAAGACUAAAGAAGUUACAGAAUCUGGUGCAAGCAAAGAGGGGGCAUCAGAGCGGAGCAGGAAAAGGGAAGAACACAUCUGAGAAUGAUGAUGAUUUGGCAGACGUGUUGAGUGACAGCAACCCAGUGCUCACCUGCAUCGGCCUGGGUAAGAGAACAGAGAAGAAACCCUGUAAAACGGCUCCAUCACCGCAGCAGCGGCAGCAGCAGCAACAGGCCAAAGAUGUGUAUGAAGAUUCAGAGGAGGAGGGAUUUUGGAGCCCACGGGUUAGAGAUCAUCUGUGGAGCCCUUUUGACUGUUCACAGCCGUGGAGUCCCUUCUACCACACCUGCCAACAGCCUCGACAUGAGCUGUGGGGCUGCGGUGGUACCUUAUCGCUGCCUCGGACGACAGAAUGGGAUCGUUUUGAGAGUUUGAUACAGGAACUGGACAGCAAACAGUCAGAUCUCUCUCCCCCACAAAUGAUCCGCUCCAUCACAGAUCUGCACCUCACACAAAACACAUUAACCAGAUUUGGGAGAUUUGACGCCUUCAGACAGCACUCGCCUUUGAUGAAAACACAGGAUAAUGGAAGCUCUCUGGAUCAGAAUGGUGAACCAACCAAACUGAAGCUGCAGGGAAGGGAGAUGGAGACCUCAUCACAGAGUGACAGGAGCCACAUCAAGGCCUUGCCCGAAAAAACUCUGACAGCCAUCAUCAAUGGAGAAACACAGGAAGAUAAAGUGGAGAAGAGGGAGGUUGGAGGCGGGUGGCCAUUUACAAAAGGACACAGGCGGUCCAGUAACUCGUUGGAAAGCCUCUACAGCCUUAACAGUAGACAAAGCUCCUCAAGUGGAGUCACCAGUGGGUCAAACUGCUCCAGUAACAGAGGCAGUCUGAGGCUGGAGGAUGAUCUAUCCUACACAAGACAGUUCUGUGGCAGAGCAAGAGUCCACACAGACUUUGUGCCAAGUCCAUAUGACACAGAAUCCCUCAAACUUAAGGCAGGAGAUGUGAUUGACAUCAUCUCCAAGCCUCCCAUGGGAAUAUGGACAGGCAUACUGAACAACAGAAUAGGAAAUUUCAAGUUCAUCUACGUGGAUGUGCUAACAGAGGAGAUACAUGAGGAGAUACAAACCCACAGACUGAGACACAAAUAUAGAUCAACUAUCCAUGAAGUGUUAAAGCGCCUCAGUUUAGAGGAGUAUUCCUCAUCUCUGCAGCUGAAUGGUUACCAAACAGUAGAUGACUUGAUGAGGCUGAGGGAGCAUCACCUGACAGAGCUGAAUGUGACUGAUCCAGAGCACAGGCAUCGUCUGCUCGCUGCUGUCGACUCCCUGCAGCAACUGCGCUCUGAUUGUCAGUUGCAGAAUGAGGCCAAUCAGGGGGCCGAGACCCCCAGCGAGAACAUGAAGGCAGAUAUGAACAACUGCCCAAGAGACUCCGGCUGCCACAUGCCAUCUGACAGCCCUGACAACAGCGGAGAGGACACAGACCUUCACUUUCCCUCUGAACACCCUCUACCAGCUGAGACGACAGCUUCAUGAGAACAAUCUCUUCUUUCAGACGCCUGUUUUAUUCCUUAUGUUGCUGUUGAGCUGAUUUAUGAUUUUUUUUUUUUACUUCUUGCAACAGCAUAAUUUCAAUCUACUCCACUG